AUGGUUCCCGCAGCUGAACUCCUUGAUCUUCCAAUGUGGCUUCGACUGUCUCGCUUAUUCAUGUAUCAAUCGCCAGAACUCGGCGACAGCUGGGACAACUUCAUUACCUCUGGUCACGAAACUCCUUCGAUUUACCACACUGCUUUUCAGGAUUUCCACAAUUUGACUGUCAGUCUGACAAGACGUGUCGUGCAGGCCACCAUCUUCCAAACAAUGACUCGCCUGCGAGCACGCGACAAGGAUCAACCAAGCGCCAGAGUCACAACAACUGACGUCCGAGCGGCAACCGAAAUCCUAGAUCUACAAUCUAAUGCACGCAAAUUCUGGGCAAGAGUACCAAGAAAACAUGGGCUUCGAGUCUACGAGCGUGGCUCCAAGUUCUCGAGGGGUCAGUCUAGGGCUGGGGUUGAGCUCAGUCUCGAAGAAGCAGAAGACAGACUGGGCGCUGGUCAGACUUCUGUUGUCGCUGAAGCGGAUGAUGAUGUUAUGGAAACGGUUGAGGACGAUUCAGAUGAGGAUGUCCUCGACCCUGACCAAUACUACAACGAUCCCGAGCUUUGGACCGAAGCCUCGGAUGAGGAAGACGAGACUCAAACUGAUGUACCAGACAAUCAACAUUCAGACGCUUCUGACGAAGACGAAGCUGCUUACAACCCGACUGACGAUGAAGAAGCACAAGAUGCUACGAGAAAGAAGCGUCGCAGAAAAGGACGAAUGGAGAGGAACUUUCAAAGAGUUCAUGAUGCAUAUCUCGAAGCCGUCGAUCAAGAGAUUAGCAGAGUGCAGGAAGUUACGAUGUGGGACACUCUUGGUGUAGCACCUCCCAACGAUAUCAAAAACGAAGAGAUAGAGAUCCCGCUCCAACCAGUUAUCAAGCGUCGACUCUCGGAUACCGCCAAUUGGAGGGAUGGCUUCGAGUAUCGUUCACCAUGGGAACUAGGAUUCGACACUGUGCAGCCAGAGACAUUUGCAAGUAUGCACAAGCGAGGCGAACAGGCCAGGAAGCGCAGACGAAUGGCUUAUGAUUACCUCGAACGAGAGGGUCUCGUCGUACUGCCUCAACAAGCACCAGAAGUCACUGUCGUCAAGAAGACCAAAGCAACUGAUACUGAUACGGAUAUGCAAGACGCGCCCGCGGACGAACCACCACGUGCUACUAUAGAAACCUUCGACGACGGAGUGCCAAGAAAGAAACGUCCAGCUCCUGUCCACAAAGCCUUGAGCAGAGCUUCCUCGAUCUUAAGCAGUAGCAGAGGCUUAAGCAGAGCUUCUUCAGUGCGAGAAGGCUCACACGACUCCUUGACCAGCGAGAGGUCAGGAUUAACCAAUCUUGCUUUGCUGAACAAAUUGACGAAGCGCACGCCGGCUCAGCAAAUGGAGGAAGGCCUCAGAAAAGCUGAGGAAGAGCGGAAAGCAGAGGAGGCACGACAACAGGUUGAAGAGCAGGUUCAGGAAGAGAAGCGAAAAGCCAGGGCCACUCGAAAGGCACUGUCUAAAGAAGAAAAGGUGGCCUUUGAUAGGGAGAGGCAAGAAGAGAGAGCACGAAAGGCACAAGAGACCAGACGAAAUGAGGAAAGGAGAAGAGAGAAAGAGGAGCAGGAAGAGAUGGAAAGACUUGCCGCAGAAGAGAAGCGCAAGGUUAGAGAAGAGAAGCGAAGGGCAAGAGAGGAGGUAGAAAGAGGCAGAGACGAGAGGCGGAAGGCUAAAAUCGAGAAGCGCAAGGCCAAAGAGGAAGCUGCCAGUGCGGAUACCAACAUCGAACAGCAGGGAGAUCUAGCACGUUCACUUCGAAGCAGGAAGGCGAAGAGAAAGUCUGGAUUCUAG